CUUAGACAUGUUGACAAGAAGUGCCUAUGCUUUCCACAAGUGAAGAAAGGAGGAGACCCCAGAGGAAGAAAGAGGAACCACUUCAAAAACCUGACACAAUUAGAGGACGUGACAUGUUGACGAAGUAAGGAAGAGGUAUGAAAUGUGUUGGCUUGGUGCUCCUUCAGUAAUGCAUGCUCCUGCAGUUCCAUCUUCUCCGCAAUGGAAACAAUAGCUGGAAAGGAACUCUGGUUGUCUUUGAAAUGGCCAUAAGGAUUUUACUGGAGUGAUUGGAGGCAAGUAGGGUAUAGAAACAAGCUGCUCAUUUCAGCUGAAGAUGACAGGCCAGGUGGCCGACAGAGACUUGUCCCCCCAUCGUCUCUCAGUGAAGACCACUGUGGAGGAGGAGCCAGAGAGGGAGAGAGCUGAGAGUACUCUCAGCAGAGUGCCAUCAGAAUGUGAUCAUGAUAAUGAUGACACAUCCUCAGAGCUGGCACGGGUGGCCGCUCUCGAUGGUGGACACAACUCAAGGAACUCUUUUCAAGGACGGGGAGCUCUGUCUAGAUUAGUGAAUUUGGUAGUGAUUCUGAGGGAGUGGGCACACAGGAGCCUUGUAGAGGAGGAGGAGCGGCCAGACUCUUUCUUGGAACGCUUCCGUGGCCCUGAGCUAAGAACUGCCCCUAGUCGCAUCAGCAAUACGCAGCCUGAUGCCAAUGGCAACAAUACCAAAGGGAGAUUUAGGAAAAAAUGGGGUGUGUUCGUUGUGUCCCCAUCAGACGACAUGUACUACCGUUGGCUGUUUGUUAUUGCUAUAGCUGUGCUCUACAACUGGAUCCUCAUUGUGGCUAGGGCAUGCUUUGACAAACUGCAGACAAGCAAUUACAUCUGCUGGUUGGUGCUGGACUACCUUUCAGACGCUUUGUACAUCCUGGACACAUGUGUCCGACUCCGCACAGGGUUUCUGGAGCAGGGUCUGCUGGUGAAGGACCUCUCCAAGCUGAGAGACAGCUAUGUCCGCACAUUUCAGUUCAAGCUGGAUUUCGUGUCCAUCCUACCCACUGAUCUGGCCUACAUAUCCACAGGAAUCCACACCCCAGAGCUCAGAUUCAAUCGCCUGCUGCGCUUCCCACGCAUGUUUGAGUUCUUUGACCGCACUGAGACACGCACGAACUACCCCAACAUCUUCCGCAUCUGCAACUUGGUGCUCUACAUCCUGGUCAUCAUCCACUGGAACGCCUGCAUCUACUUUGCUAUUUCCAAAUCUCUAGGGUUUGGCUCUGAUACCUGGGUGUACCCCAACAUCUCCAACCCUGAGUAUGGCUCCCUAACCCGGGGCUAUGUCUACUGCCUGUACUGGUCCACCCUCACCCUCACCACUAUUGGAGAGAUGCCUGCACCUGUACGGGAUGAGGAGUAUCUUUUUGUGGUCUUUGACUUCCUCGUUGGGGUGCUGAUCUUUGCCACGAUUGUGGGUAAUGUUGGCUCCAUGAUUUCCAACAUGAAUGCCACACGUGCAGAGUUUCAGGCCCGUAUUGAUGCCAUCAAACACUACAUGCACUUCCGCCGGGUCAGCAAGGAGCUGGAAGCACGUGUCAUUAAGUGGUUUGACUACCUCUGGACUAAUAAGAAAGCAGUGGAUGAGCAGGAGGUAUUGAAGAACUUGCCUAACAAAUUGCGGGCUGAGAUCGCCAUCAAUGUGCACCUGGAGACCCUGAAGAAAGUGCGUAUCUUUCAGGACUGUGAGGCUGGACUGUUGGUGGAGCUGGUCCUGAAACUCCGGCCACAGGUCUAUAGCCCAGGGGACUACAUCUGCCGCAAAGGGGACAUAGGGAAGGAGAUGUACAUCAUCAAAGAGGGGAAGCUGGCAGUGGUGGCAAAUGACGGGGUCACACAGUACGCCCUCCUCACCGCCGGCAGCUGCUUUGGGGAGAUAAGUAUCCUCAACAUCCAGGGCAGCAAAAUGGGAAACCGCAGGACAGCCAAUAUCCGCAGCAUCGGCUAUUCUGACCUCUUCUGCCUCUCUAAGGAUGACCUGAUGGAAGCAGUGACCGAGUACCCUGAUGCUAAGAAGGUGCUGGAGGAGAGGGGGAAGGAGAUCCUUAUGAAGGAGGGCCUCCUGGAUGAGAAUGCAGAGGCUGGCAGACUGGGUGGAGAGGACACUGAGGAGAAGGUGGAGAGGCUGGAGUCCUCUCUGGACACCCUGCAGACGCGCUUCGCCCGCCUGCUAAGCGAGUACACGGCCACACAGCAGCGGCUGAAGCGGCGCAUCACCAACCUGGAGCGCCAGCUGUGCCACACGGGCUGUGGGAUCCUCUCAGACGCAGACCUUUCUGACGAAGACUCAGCUUCUGAGGCUGAGGCAGACACUCUGGCCGUUGCCAAUACCGUUGAGCAGGGUGACCAUGGAAAUGAUGAGCCGACUGAAUCCACUGUUCAAACUUGAAAGCUGCCUGAGACCAUGGAUCUAGGCCUAGCACUUUCUAAGCACUUUCAAAUUCACAAGGGUAUGCACAAAUGUACAAUACAUUUCCUUCCUAAUAAGAAAAUAAUUUUCAUAUUAACUUUAUGACGGUUGCAUUAAGAGUACAGUGCCUUCAGAAUCUAUUCACACCCCUUGACCUGUUCCAUAUUUUGUUUUGUUACAGCCUGAAUAUUACAUUUAGAUUUCGUGUCACUGGCCUACACACAAUACCCCAUAAUGACAAACUGGAAUAGUUUUUUUUGCAAUUUUGCAAAUCAAUUAAAAAUGAAAAGCUGAAAUGUCUUGAGUCAGUAAGUAUUCAACCCUUUUGUUAUGGCAAGCCUAAAAAGGUUCAGGAGUAAACAUGUGCAUGGACUCACUAUGUGUGUAAUAAUAGUGAUUAACAUGAUUAUUUAAUGACUACCUCAUCUCUGUACCCCACACAUACAAUCUGUAAAGUCCGUCAGUCGAGCAGUGAUUUUUCAAACACAGAUUCAUCCACAAAGACCAAGGAGGUUUUCCAAUGCCGCGAAAAGAAGGGCUCCUAUUGGUAGAUAAAUAACAUUAAAAACAGACAUUGCAUAUUGCUUUGAGUAUGGUGAAGUUAUUAAUUACGCUUUGGAUGGUGUAUCAAUACACCCAGUCACUACAAAGAUACAGGCGUCCUUCCUAACUCAUUUGACGUAGAGGAAGGAAGCCACUCAGGGAUUUCACCAUGAGGCCAAUGGUGACUUUAAAACAGUUACAGAGUUUAAUGGCUGUGAUAGGAGAAAACUGAGGAUGGAUCAACAACAAUGUAGUUACGUCACAAUACGAACCUAAAUGACAAAGUGAAGAGGAAACCUGUACAGAAUAAAACAAUUCCAAAACAUGCAUCCUGUUUGCAAUAAGAAACCAAUGUAAAACUGCAAAAGACCUGGCAAACAAAUUAACUUUAAGUCCUGAAUACAAAGUGUUAUAUUUGAGGCAAAUCCAACACAUCACUGAGUACCACUCUUCAUAUUUUCAAUCAUGGUGGUGGCUGCAUCAUGUUAUGGGUAAUGUCUGUCAUCAGCAAGGACUAGGGAGUUUUUUUUAGGAUAAAAAGAAACAGAAUGGAGCUAAGCCCAAGCAAAAUCCUAGAGGAAAACGUGGUUCAGUCUGCUUUUCAACAGGCACUGAGACAAAUUCACAUUUCAGCAGGACCUAAAACACAAGGCCAAAUAUACACUGGAGUUGCUUACCCAGACAAUAUCGAAUGUUCCUGAGUCGUCUAGUUAUAGUUCUGAUUUAAAUUGGCUUGAAAAUCUAUGGCAAGACGGAUGUCUUGCAAUAAAACUUCACAGAGCUUGAAGAAUUUUUAAAGAAUAACGUGCAAAUAUUGUACAAUUCAGGUGUUGAAACCUCUUAGAGACUUACCCAGAAAGACUCACAGCUGUAAUUGCAGCCAAAGGUGUGAAUACUUACAUAAAUAUCUAAUUUAUGCAUUUCAUUUUCAAUAAAUUUGCAAAAUAUUCUAAAAACAUGUUUUCAAUUUGUCAUUAUGUGGUAUUGUGUGCAGAUCAUUGAGAGAAACUAUUUAGUCUAUUUUGAAUCCAGGCUGUAACACAACAAAAUGUGGAAUAAGUCAAUGGGUAUGAACACUUUCUGAAGGCUCUGUAUGUGUCAAGGUGUGUAUAAAGGCGAAGUCAGGUGCAGGAGAGCAGAGUAUGAUAAAUUAAGCUCACUUUACUAUAGUUCCAAACCGGGAGCACAUCAAACCAAAACGCUCAAAAAACAGAACAAUAAAGUAAAGCGCAAUUAAAUCAAAUCAAAUGUAUUUAUAUAGCCCUUCGUACAUCAGCUGAUAUCUCAAAGUGCUGUACAGAAACCCAGCCUAAAACCCCAAACAGCAAGCAAUGCAGGUGUAGAAGCACGCUGGCUAGGAAAAACUCCCUAGAAAGGCCAAAACCUAGGAAGAAACCUAGAGAGGAACCAGGCUAUGUGGGGUGGCCAGUCCUCUUCUGGCUGUGCCGGGUGGAGAUUAUAACAGAACAUGGCCAAGAUGUUCAAACGUUCAUAAAUGACCAGCAUGGCCCAAUAAUAAUAAGGCAGAACAGUUGAAACUGGAGCAGCAGCACAGCCAGGUGGACUGGGGACAGCAAGGAGUCAUCAUGUCAGGUAGUCCUGAGGCAUGGUCCUAGGGCUCAGGUCCUCCGAGAGAGAGAAAGAAAGAGAGAAAGAGAGAAUUAGAGAGAGCACACUUAAAUUCACACAGGACACCGAAUAGGACAGGAGAAGUACUCCAGAUAUAACAAACUGACCCUAGCCCCCCGCCACAUAAACUACUGCAGCAUAAAUACUGGAGGCUGAGACAGGAGGUGUUACACACAAAACAAUUACACACAAAACAUGAUGGGAAACAGAGGGUUUAAUACAAUUAGAUUGAUUGGGGAAAUGAAAACCAGGUGUGUAUGAAAAAAAGACAAAUGGAUAUAUGAAAAAUGGAGCGGCGAUGGCUAGAAAGCCGGUGACGUCGAUUGCCGAACGAAGAAGGAGAGGAGCCGACUUCGGUGGAAGUACCCCCCCUUGACGCGCGGCUCUUACACCGGCCUCGAGGAUGACCCUGAGGACGAGGUGCAGGGCGAUCCGACCGGCGACGGUGAAACUCCUGCAGUAGUUCGGGAUCCAAAAUAUCUGCAACCGGAACCAAGCACCUCUCCUCCGGUCCGUACCCCUCCCACUCCACGAGGUACUGAAGGUCCCCCACCCGACGCCUCAAAUCCAGGAUGGAACGAACGAUGUAUGCCGGGGCGGAGGGACCUCCUGGGGGACGGAGGGACCUCUUGCACCUCAGAUUCCAGGAGUGGACCAGCCACCACCGGCCUGAGGAGAGACACAUGGAACGAGAGGUUAAUACGAUAAUAAGAGAGUAGUUGUAAUCUGUAACAUACUUCGGUCACCCUCCUCAGGACUUUAAAUGGCCCCACAAACCCCACAUCCUGGUUGACUCUCUCUACCUGCACGUUACUUUUGGGGUGAAAACCUGAGAUAAGGCUGAUCGAUCAAUGAGAAAGAGACUGAUUCUCUCCUCAUGAUUCCCCUGCAUAAAAAUAGCCAAGGAGAUGGUGGCCUCGCUGAUUAGCUCGAACCCUAAUGGUCAACUAUGUAGAGCGUGUACCGGGAAAGGUCUAACUGUAGGAAAAAUGGGGAUCCCUAACCGAAUGGCUAAUGCUCUGUCGAUAAAAUUCCCAGCUGUGACUGAAUUGACGAGCGCCUCAUGCUGGGAAUGUAGGGAAAACAAACAGGCACAAAUAGUUGAUCAACAGAGGACUCUGGAUGAGUGUGGUGCAAACUCACCUGGGGUGAUGCCACGGCACCGACCGGCAGUGUUUCCUCUGCAGCCACAGAUGGCGCACGUGACGGCUCCUCCUCCCGUCUCCCUAUGCGCCGCACCUCCUAACUCCAUGGGCACCGGGCGGGGUUACUGGAUGAUGGAACGAACAGAGCCCCCUCUGGACGUCCUCGGGUGACCAGAAGGUUAUCCAACCGGAUGGACAAAUCCACCAGUUGGUCAAAGGUAAUGGUGGCAUCCCUGCAGGCCAGCUCACGUCAGACGUCCUCUGCCAAGAUUCGGAAUUCAAGGGCAAAGUCCUGGGCGCUCCUCGUCCCCUGCCUCAAAUGAAAGAGCCUCUCCCCCGCCGCUCUGCCCUCAGGUGGAUGGUCGAAGACGGCCCUGAAGCGACGGGUGAAAGUGGUCUGGAGCCUUCUCUCCAAACGGCGUUUGCCCACUCCAGCGCUCUUCCUGUGAGGCAGGAGACGAGAGCAGCCACUCUCUCCCCUCCCGAGGGAUCUAGGUGCACAGUGGCCAGGUAGAGGUCCAGUUGUAGCAAGAAUCCCUGGCACUGUGCUGCCGUUCCAUCAUACUCCCUGGGAAGGGAGAGACGCAUCCCCCCAGAAUUCCCUCCGGAUGGAACAGGUGGAGAUAACCCCGGUUGUGCUGGUCGAGGCACUGGAGAGACCUCCUGUCUCUCCCAGUGGUCCAUGGUCUGGACAACGCGACCCAUCAUGGCACCAAGAGGAUGUAGCAUGGCCGAAUGUUCCUGGACUCGUUCCUCGACUCCUCUAACCGGGGUACCUGUUCCUGCUGACUCCAUAUUCUCUGUGUGUAAUUCGGUCAAGGUGUGUAUAAAGGCGAAGUCAGGUGCAGGAGAGCAGAGUAUGAUAAAUUAAGUACACUUUACUAUAGUUCUAAACCGGGAGCACAACAAAACAAACGCGCUCAAAAAAACAGAACAAUAAAGUAAAGCGCUAAAGAACUUUGCUUGACAUGAAAACAAUUACACACAAAACAUGAUGGGAAACAGAGGGUUAAAUACAAUUAGAUUGAUUGGGGAAAUGAAAACCAGGUGUGUAUGAAAGCAAGACAAGACAAAUGGAUAUAUGAAAAAUGGAGCGGCGAUGGCUAGAAAGCCGGUGACGCAGAACAAGAAGAGGAGCCCGAAGUCGUGACAGUAUGUAACAAACAUAACUGUGAAAAUCAAGUGUUUUCUUUGAGUUCAAUGCCAAGAUAAGAUGUAGAGUUCUUUAAGCAGAAUAAGAAGAAUAAGAAUAUAGGGUAGAGCAAUGAGUUGCAGGCGUAUACACACAAGUCACAUGCAGUCAUUUUCCACAUUCUUAACCCCGAAGGUAGGUUACAUGAGAACAGAUAAGCAGCACAGAGGGUAAGACAGAUCCUGGAGAGUGCCCUCAACCAACCUCAUAUAACUCUUACCUAAUGAUGAAGUGGGCCAACAACAGAGCAAUCAGCAGUCCCUAGAACAGUCUCUGGUGUAUUUCAAGGUCUUGGAGAUUUGUUGUAUACCCUGAAAACAUUUGGUAUUUUGACACAAUUUGAUUACCAUACUGUGGCCUGUAAUGUGUUUAGUAAUCAUGAGAUAUUGUCUUUUACAGCUAAUAGUUGUAUGACCUACCAAAUCUUUGAACACAUUUAACUAAUUCAUGGCAUAUGUGUUCUAAUGUGAAUUUAAAUGUUUUCAGCCCAACAGGUCUUACUCUAAGGUUACUCAUAACCCACUGGACACAAUCUGGUUGAAUCAACGUUGUUUCAACAUAAUUUGUCAACGUAUUGUGCCGUUGAAUCUAUGUUUGAAACAUCUGGAUUUGCAAAAAGUCAUCAACCAGUACUGUUUUCUUAUCAAUUCAACCAGCAUUGCAAACAUCGAAAUGAUGGUAAAACUUAAAUACAUUGACUUAACCUGACUAACAGGUUGUUACAUCAAUCUAAUUUCAACAUACUCAUCAAAACUAUCUAUUACGUUGAAAUUGUGUUGAAUAUUCCUCUCAGAAUGGUUAAAAAUCUCACAUAAAAUCGACAUGGAAAUUGCAACUAAAUUAAAUUAAUGUGGUGUUGUAAAUACGUUUGAACAUGCAACACCAAAUCCAGGUCACAUUUUCAUCAUAUUUUAGAUGUUGAAAUUUUUGCAUAUUCUUACUAUUUAGUCAAUGUCUAUUUUUCAUCCUAUAUUCAAUUGGGUGGUUGAAAUUAUGUUGAAUUUCAUAUUUGAUUAAAAAUAUUUUUUUUUACCUUGUUUCAAAGUUGACAAUAAAAUGGUAUGUUGAUUCAAUGUCAUUGUUUCAAUGUCAUGCCAUCAACCUAAAUAAAGAGAUACCUAUAUUUAAAUAACAUCUGAA